AUGGGGAAGGUUACGGUUUUUCACUUGUUCUUCUUUUUUUUAGGUAUAUCAUAUUGUAAGAUGGCUCAUGCAAAAAUUUCAGUGAAGACUCCAUUAGUGGAGAUGGAUGGUGAUGAAAUGACGAGAAUCAUCUGGAAACUCAUCAAAGAUGAGUUGAUUCUUCCAUUUUUGGAUAUCGACCUAAAGUACUACGACUUGGGAAUCGAGUAUAGAGAUCAAACCGACGACCAAGUCACUAUAGAUGCUGCUGAGGCCAUCAAGAAGUAUGGUGUCGGUGUCAAGUGUGCCACCAUUACCCCAGAUGAAGCCAGAGUUGAGGAGUUUGGUUUGAAGAAAAUGUGGCUGUCUCCCAACGGUACAAUCAGAAACAUAUUGGGCGGAACCGUUUUCAGAGAGCCAAUUGUCAUUGACAACAUCCCAAGAAUUAUUCCUCAGUGGGAGAAGCCAAUUAUCAUUGGAAGACAUGCUUACGGUGACCAAUAUAGAGCCACCGAUUUGCUGAUUCCAAAAGCUGGUGAGUUGAAGUUGGUUUUCACUCCAAAGGACGGAUCUGACCCUGUCGAGACAAAGGUUUUCGACUACCCAUCUGCCGGUGUCGCUCUGACUAUGUACAACUUGGAUGAUUCUAUCCGAGACUUUGCUCUUUCCUCCUUCAAACUUGCUCUAGAAAAGAAAGUGAACCUGUUCUCGACCACCAAGAAUACCAUCCUGAAGAAAUAUGAUGGUAGAUUCAAAGACAUCUUUGACGAAACGUACGAAACACAAUUCAAAGAAUCUUUUGAGAAGGCCGGUAUUUGGUAUGAGCACCGUCUCAUUGACGAUAUGGUUGCUCAGAUGUUGAAAUCAAAGGGAGGCUAUAUCAUUGCUAUGAAGAACUACGAUGGUGACGUGCAAUCCGACAUUGUUGCCCAAGGUUUCGGAUCUUUAGGUUUGAUGACCUCUGUUUUGACGACCCCAGAUGGAACUGCUUUUGAGAGUGAAGCUGCUCAUGGAACCGUCACUAGACAUUACAGACAACACCAGCAAGGUAAGGAGACCUCCACCAACUCUAUUGCCUCUAUCUUCGCUUGGACUAGAGGUUUAAUUCAAAGAGGACUACUGGACAACACUCUUCCUGUUGUUGAGUUUGGUCAACUUCUGGAAAAUGCCACUAUCAACACAGUUAAAUUGGAUGGAAUCAUGACCAAAGAUCUCGCUCUUGCAAGAGGUGAGACUGACAGAUCUUCUUAUGUGAACACUGAGGAGUUUAUCAAAGCUGUUGCUAAGAGAUUGACUAGUGAGUUUGAAGCCAAGUUUUAG